GGAGGAGGAGGAGGAGGAAGAAAUCGUCAUGCUGUACACAGAGUAUGAAGGGGACCUGAACACCGCUGUUACGUUAUUUUACUUAAAUGUAACGAGUGCUUUAUAGCUGCUGGUCUAUGAAAAGUAGCUUUGUUUCAGUUAAACUCUCGGACUACAGACUCAGACGAGGCUCCACCGCAUGUAAGAGCGUUAACAGGAUGGCGGGUGUGUUCGACAUAGACUUGGAGACGGAGGACAUCAGUGAUGCAGAGGAUGAUGUCUGUGACUUCCCCGUGCCAGAACCAGAGAAUGGUCAGAUAGAGGAGGUGGAACUGACCAGUGAGAGCGUCAACAGGGACAGUGAGAGAGUUGGGCCUGACUGCUUUGAGCUUCUUACUGUGCUGGGAAAAGGAGCCUAUGGCAAGGUUUUCCAGGUGAGAAAGGUUCAAGGAGCCCAGAUCGGGAAGAUAUUUGCCAUGAAGGUGCUGAAAAAGGCUAAGAUAGUGUGUAAUGCUAAAGACACUGCUCACACACGAGCAGAGCGGGAGAUCCUGGAGACGGUGAGACACCCGUUCCUCGUGGAUCUGCUCUACGCCUUCCAGACCGGGGGAAAACUCUACCUCAUACUCGAGUGUCUAAGUGGGGGGGAACUGUUCAUGCAGUUGGAGAAGGAAGGUAUCUUCAUGGAAGACACUGCAUGUUUCUAUCUAGGAGAGAUCACAUUGGCCAUAGGUCACCUCCACUCGCAUGGGAUCAUUUACAGAGACCUCAAACCUGAAAACAUCAUGCUUAAUCACGAAGGUCACAUCAAGCUAACUGACUUUGGCCUCUGUAAGGAAUCGAUUCACGAAGGAUCGGUCACACACACCUUUUGUGGCACCAUAGAAUACAUGGCUCCAGAGAUCCUGACCAGGUUGGGUCACAACAGAGCAGUAGACUGGUGGAGCCUGGGGGCCCUGAUGUAUGAUAUGAUGACUGGAUCUCCUCCAUUCACAGCUGAAAACAGGAAGAAGACCAUUGAUAAGAUCUUGAAGUGUAAACUCAACCUACCCCCAUACCUGACCAUUGAUGCCAGGGACCUCAUUAAGAAGCUGUUGAAGAAGAAUCCAGCCCAGAGACUUUGUUCAAAAAAUUCAGACUGUGCUGAUAUCCAGAAACAUCCUUUCUUCAGGCACAUUAACUGGGAUGAUCUUCUUAACAAGAGAGUGGAGCCGCCUUACAAGCCCCAGCUGCACUCGGAUGAGGAUGUGAGCCAGUUUGACGUCAGGUUCACCAGACAGACACCAGUGGACAGUCCUGACGACACCUCCCUCGGCCACAGUGCAGAGCUUGCCUUCGCUGGUUUCACCUACGUGGCUCCAUCGGUCCUAGAGAGUCUAAAAGAAGGCUUCUCAUUUGAACCCCGAACACGAGCUGUCCGCCGACACAACAGCAGCCCACGCACACCCAUCAGUCCCCUGAAGUUUUCUUCUGCCGGGCCCUUCAAGUCGGGCACUCAUGGAGAGCCGGAGCCCUUCUCUCCCACUUCUCCGCCGUCAGCACCGGUUUCCAUGUCACUGGAAAACGGAGGUGCCAGUCAGCCAAUCAGGACCCCUGCGAGGAACAAGAAGCAGAAGGGACAUCGGAGAUGAGCAGGAAAGGUUCAGAGUCAGCUUGUGCUGCAGACCUUGGUCAGAUUAAUGUUUUCUGUCAAAUACCGCAGGUGUUGAGAUACAGAGCUGAAGGUUUUGGUUUUAUGUCUGGUAUCAUGCUUUUUUUGAAGUGGUUUAACUAAGAGGUGUCUGAAAGGCCAAAAGCUUUUUUUCCCUGUCAUAUUCGAAUUAGAAAACUAAAACAGACACAGCUCCUCUUUGGUCUUACUGUCCAGCUUUUCUUAUUUGUCAUAUUGACUGUUUAAAGCUAGAACACUUCUCACAGACUUCGCUGGAUCAACGUGGAAUAUUUAUGCUUUAUAUUUAUAGACUUUAGAGCCUCAGUUGGAUCACUGUUUCCAGAUGGCUACUUUAUUGUGAAAAGCUUCAUUAAAAAAAACAAGGACUUAUGUAAAAGUAUUAUUUUCAAAUGAGAUCACAAUAAGGAGUAUUUUCUUCACCACUUUCCCUAAAUGCAUCAUGGGCAGUUAGUCACGUAAAUGAUGGACUGACUAAGUUUUAAUUUUUUAUAUACUCUAUAGUCUAUAUGCUCUGUUACAGCUAAAAGUAAGCUGUAAUAUAUGUAAUUUAUGUUUUUCAUUGAAUUAGUUCCUCAGCUUUUAAUUAGUUCAUCAGGCGGACGUUUCAAUAAGAAAACUGAUGAAAGAUAUUUUGAUUGGAUUCUUUUUUCCAUAAAGGUAGAAAUGUGACAAAGACAUUUAGCCUUCAUAUAAUACAUUGCAUAUUGUUAACAUAUUCUUGACUGUCAGGUGAAAAUAUGGAAAAUCUCUCUCUCUGUUGACGUUUCUUCAUGUCUGCUGCCAAAGGUUUUCCCACUUGCUGUCCUCGUAUUGUAAAAACGGACUGAUCACACUGUUCAGGACUUAACAAAAGGGACAAGCUGUAUGUAUUCAUUUGGAUCUAUAAGGAGAGUUCACAUAUACACAAACAGAGCAUCAAUAAAAACCAAACAAUGUACAGUCAAUGCUGGUAAAGUGGUGCUCUCCGAAAACAAUGAAUUAUAUUGUAUAGAAAGAAUAUUUUAGGUAACAGAACAAACCUAUUUUUUCACAUAACUUAGGUGAAAUAGUUAUAUUAAAAAUAAAGUGCUUGAUGUUAUGAAUUGUUCGAUUGUCAUUGCCCGACAUAGUCAGACACUCACAAGUUGGAUGAAUCAUAGGAAGGUUGUGAGUUUCAUGUGGUGCCAACAUUUUCUCAGCAAUGUCUUUUGUUUUUAAAUCAGUGGGUUAUAGAUUGAGAUUAAUCAAACUAUAUCUUGUUACAAUAUUAACAAUAAAUAAAACGAAUUUUGCAUUAAUCUUUAGGUACAACAAGAGAACACAGGCAGCUCUUUGAAGAAGCUGAGGCUAAAUAUGUGUAAAUUUUGUAACUGAAUCCAUUAUCUCCACAGUGCAAUAACAUGCACAAUUAAAGAUAACGGAGACAGACAGACACGUAUUGUAGCGAUGGGACAAAAUGGGAACAAUGCUGCAGUGCAAAUAUAUCACAUAUUCACAUGAGUAGCAGCUGCAGAAGUUAAUGUAUGCUUCUAUUCAUCGGCUAAAUCAUUAGCUUCCUGUCCAUCAUGGUCUGUAGUUGAGAAUACAAUAUUCACUAGGUGUAAUCUAUCCUCUGAUUUGAAUGUAUGUCUUAAAGUAUGUAUGACAAUAAUGAAUUAGGAAAUAAAUGGUCAGAUGAACAAAUGCAGAUAAAAACCUUGACUCGAUCUGGCACCAUAAAUUGGUUUCUAACCUGCAAAUCUAAUGACAUGAUAAAUACAACCUACAUCACGUUUGCAUUGUUACAAGGAGUGUUGAUGCAUUCAGCUAAAGAGCACUGCAGUGGUUGCAGACUUGAUUCUAAUGUAGAAACAAGAGGAUUUGUAAAGAUUGAAACAACUUUUCAUAAUAAUGAUAAAAUCCCUCUUAGUGUAUUGGGUUAUCUACAAUUUCAUGGUUAAAUAUUUCUGCAUUAGUUCAGUUGAUCAUUUUAUGCUUAUAUAUUUGAUCAUAUUUAUUUACUUUUGAAGUCUUUGGGCUGCCUGUUCCUUUGUUCUUGUUUAGAAAGACAUAUUCCUCUUCUGCUGCUCUUGUUCUUGUGGAUUUUAGGAAACAGGUGUGACACAAAAGCUCUUCAACCUCUGCUCCACCAGCCUCUGACUGGAUCUAUUUGAGGCAGAGUGUGAAUUAUAUUCUGAGUAAUGUCUGUUGUCACACUGCAGUCUGUUAUUGUAUGGGCACUGUACUAGAACAGUUGUACAGAACAAACUGCAGCACCUCAUGAUGUGAUUGUAAACAAGGUAUUCUUAAAGCUAACAAGAACAACCCCCCCAGCCCCACCCACACACUCAGUUAUUGAAUUUGCAGCUGGAAAGCCGGAACAAGUGCUGAUGUGUUCACUUUUGUAUAUUUAUUUACAAAACUAAGAGUAAUUAUUUUUAAUUCAAUAUUUUGAGUGGUUUAUUCUUUUCUUUCUUGUCAUGUAUAAUUUUUCAUUAACAGACGAAUGUUUAAGAAUAAAAAUGGAUUAAAUGCUGAA